CUCUUCCCCUCCCCACCCCACAUCCCCUUCUGUGGCCCCCUCCCUACUUCCCUUCCUCCACCGGAACCGGAACCAGGUACAACCCGGACACUUGUUCAACCUGGGAUCCAGCGGUCCUGAUAUCCCUUUGAAGUCCACCCUGAAAUCUCCUUAGAAAAAAAACAAUUCUAGGGAGAAAGAAGCAGCGCUGAUCUGCCUGGCAUUUCCCCCCCUACCCUCACUCCCCCAUUUCUCCCGCUCUCUGCCGCAAGAUGGCCGCCGACAGCCCGGAGUCGCUGAUGACGCUGUGCACCAAUUAUUGUCUUCACAACCUGGAGGACACCCUCUGCUACCUCCUGGACAACGAGACGCUCCGUCUCCACCCGGACAUAUUCCUGCCGAGCGAGAUCUGCGACAGACUCGUCAACGAGUACGUGGAGCUGGUCAACGCCGACAGCAUCUUUGAGCACAACGAGAACUUCUUCACCCUGUUCUCCGAUCCUCGGAGCACCAGGCUGGCGCGGAUCCAUUUGAGGGAGGACAUUGUCCAGGAUCAAGACCUGGAAGCAAUUCGGAAACAGGAUCUCAUCGAGCUCUUCUUGACGAACUGCGAGAAGCUGACCGCCAAAAGCCUCCAGACUUUGGGCAGUUUCAGCCCCACCCUCGUCUCCCUCAGCCUCUUCGGCUGCACCAACAUUUUUUACGAGGAGGAGAACCCCGGGGGCUGCGAGGACGACCUGAACCCCAAGCGCCAGGUCCUGGUCAAAGAUUUCACCUUCGAAGGCUUCCGCCGCCUGCGGAUCCUGAACUUGGGCCGGAUGACCGAAGGGGUGAACGUGGAGAGCCUGCUCCGGCCCCUGGCCACCCUCACCGCCCUGGACCUCUCUGGCAUCCAGCUCAACGAAAUCCUUUUCCUGACCCAGUGGAAAGACAGCUUGGCGUCGCUCGUACUUUACAACGUGGACCUCUGCGAGGAGCACAUCCAAGCCAUUGCGCAGCUGCGCAAGCUCAGGCACUUGGACAUCUCCCGGGACCGCCUUUCCAGUUAUUACAAAUUCAAGCUGACGCGUCGAGUCCUAAACCUCUUUGUGGAGAACCUGGGAAACCUCACGUCCCUGGAUAUCUCGGGCCACACCAUGCUGGAGAACUGCACGUCCUCCUGCCUGGACGAGAAAGUGGGCCAGACCAGUACCAAUCCCGAAACUAGCAGCAUCACCCCCUUCCGGAACCUGAAGCGGCCGCUCCAGUUCUUGGGACUUUUUGAGACCUCGCUCUGCCACCUGUCGCAUAUCCCAGCCUACAAGGUGACCGGGGCUAAGAACGAAGAGCAAGUGCUGAACGCCAUUGAGGCGUACACCGAACACCGGCCCGAAAUCACGUCUCGAGCCAUCAACCUGCUCUUCGACAUCGCCCGCAUUGAGCGCUGCGGCCAGCUCCUGCGAGCCCUCAAGCUCGUCAUCAGCGCCCUCAAGUGUCACAAGUACGACAAAAACAUCCAGGUGACGGGCAGCGCCGCCCUCUUCUACCUCACCAACUCGGAGUACCGCCUGGAGCAGACCAUCAGGUUGAGGCGGCAGAUCAUUCAGGUGGUGCUGAACGGCAUGGAGUCUUAUCAGGAAGUCACCGUGCAGCGCAACUGCUGCCUCACCCUGUGCAACUUCAGCAUCCCAGAGGAGCUGGAAUUCCAGUACCGCCGGGUCAACGAGCUGCUCCUGAACAUCCUCAACCCGACGCGGCAGGACGAGUCGAUCCAGCGCAUCGCCGUGCACCUUUGCAACGCCCUGGUGUGCCAGGUGGACAACGACCACAAGGAGGCCGUGGGCAAGAUGGGGUUUGUCAUGACGAUGCUGAAGCUAAUCCAGAAGAAAUUGGUGGAUAGAACGUGUGACCAGGUGAUGGAAUUCUCUUGGAGCGCCUUGUGGAACAUCACGGACGAAACCCCCAACAACUGUGAAAUGUUCCUUAAUUAUAGCGGCAUGAAACUGUUCUUGGAGUGCUUGAAGGAAUUUCCUAACAACCAAGAGCUGCACCGUAACAUGCUGGGCCUUUUGGGGAACGUUGCGGAAGUGCAAGAGCUACGGCCACAACUGAUGACUUCCCAGUUCAUCAGUGUGUUCAGCAACCUGUUGGACAGCGAAGCGGACGGGAUUGAAGUGUCUUAUAACGCCUGCGGGGUCCUCUCUCACAUCAUGUUCGAUGGGCCAGAGGCCUGGAUGAUCUGUGAGCCGCGCAGAGAAGAAGUUGUGGGCAGGAUGUGGGCAGCUAUUCAGCGCUGGGACGUUAAUUCCAAGAGAAACAUCAAUUACAGGUCUUUUGAACCGAUUCUUAGGCUCAUACCCCAAGGAAUAUCUCCGGUCAGCCAGCACUGGGCUUCUUGGGCGCUCUACAACCUCAUCUCUGUCUACCCGGACAAAUACUGCUCCCUGCUGAUCAAAGAAGGCGGGCUCCGUCUCCUGAGGGACAUGAUUAAGAUGGCGUCGGCACGACCAGAGACGAAGGAAAUGGGACGGAAAGUCAUAGAACACUGCAAUAACUUUAUGGAUGAGAACAUGGACACAUCUAGAUAGAGGCGAACGUGGCGUCCCCCGGCUCCUGCCCGGCUCUGUAACCAGGAUCUCUCCAGUUCACUGUACAUAGGUUGGACUUUCUCACCAGCUUAGCUGUUGGAAGGAGCCUUGAUGAAUAUUUGUGUGUGUGUGUGUGUGUGUGUGUGAGCGUGCGGGUGCGUGUAUGUCUAAAAAAAAUAUGACCCCCAGCAGAUAGAGGGGGGGGGAAUGCACCCGAGGAAACGUCGCUGGAGGGAGACCAUUUUGCACAACAAAAAACCCGCUUUCCUUUAAAAUAGUGGAUUUUUCCUCCGCCCUCUCCCUUCCCCUUUUCUUUUGUUUAAAAAAGUACAAAUUGGAGUUUGUGUGCGUGUGUAUGAUUUCUGUAUAAAAAGAAAAGGAAAGGAAAGAAGCAAAAAUAGCAUCAUGUAUCUGUCGACCUUUCGUAGAGAACAGGAAAAGCCGCAAAUGGACGUCACCGCGACCCUCUAGCCAGAAGAGGGAUGUAAUCAUCGUGCCCGCCCGCCCCCAACCCACCCACCCACCUAUUUCUUUUAAGUUCUAGAUUUCUCCCAUUUGUGUUGCGGGAGGUCUUGUGACUCCAGUAAAAAGAGGAGCUGGGUUUGAAUCGGGGGCAUUUGGGUCCGGAGAGCUAUACGAGAGCGAUGUGGAGACCUAGCGGUCCAGGGGCAGGUUAGCUGGGUCUCAUCACCACAUUGAUCCAAAUCAAGAGCACCAUGUACCGUGUGUGUGUGUGGGGGGGGGUUAAACCUUCCUCCACCCCAGCCACGUUUUUCUUUAAAUGCCCACCACCACCAAUGGAGGGUUGUUUUUUACUUUAGCAAUAAUGGAGGGAGGUUUUUUGUGCCAAGGGAGUUCCCCCCCCCUUAAGCCCCUAUAUGGGGCAGGUGGGGGUGGAACAAAUAUAACAUUAAAAAAGGGUGGCUGAGUGGGAAAACGUCAUCCCCGCCCCCACGCAUCAGGGGCCCAGGCGCUAACACAAAAGGGAAAGAAAAAGUUGUGAUUGCCUACAUGCGCUGCAUGUAAAAGAGUGUGUAGUUUAGCUCUGAGGAGCUAGGCCGGAGUUGACAACUUCGUAGACCUGGGUGAAUCCUCCACCAUCCAGCUACCCUGAGAAGAAGGGUCAAAGGAUCCCUCCUGCCAGAAUCGCUGUUUUGAGACUCCUUCCCCUCCAGAUACCUUACGGUUUUGAAGUUUAAAUCGUUGUUUUUUAGAAAAAAUAAAAAUGUUGUUGAUACUCGGUCAGUAAAACACUAAGGCAGCCGUCUGCAACUUUGUGUUCUCUGGGUGUUUCGGACUCCAGCUCCCUGCAGGGCCAGCAGUCAGGGAUGCUGGGAGUUGUAGUCCGAAACAUCCGGAGAAGACCAGGUUGAGGAAGGGGGCACAAAGGGAAAAGGACGGAUGAGCCUCCGGCUGUACGGCGAAUAAAUGUUUGGGUGCGAACGACCAGGAAGCAAGCUGACAUUUCUCCGCUGGCCGAACGGUUCAGCCUUCCACCGCCUGGUGGGCCAUCUGCAGGGCAACGCUGUGCUACGGAAGUCCGUUCUUCCGGGGAAAUCAGGUUCCUCUGAAGCAUCCAGGUUAACUUCCUCCCCUCCUCUGCGAAAAGGGAGAGCGUACGUGAGAGUUCGAAAGCAGGAUGUUAGGAGAAGUCGCGGCCUUUUCUGGGCUUUGCUUUCUGUGUUUUAAACGAUAAAAGGUCAGGUCCUGUCCCUUUCUUCUUAUUAACCGUGAAUCGCGAUCGUGUAGAAGCCCGUUCCUUCGAGAGCUGUCACGCCGCAGCGUGGCCGAGCAGUUGAAAUCCUGCCGUUGCAGGAGUAGGGCAAUGCGGAUCGGGGCGUGCCAGGUUGAUCGGGGAGGAGCAGAACCCACUCCGCUAAAACAAAACCUGGGUUCACCCGGGACCAAGUGAAAGUGCACACUGUUAAUUUCUCCAAGGCGGGGGCGGAAAGGCCCUCGUUCGCGUCCGUGGCUAAUAUAAAGCACUCUGCAUGGUGACCCUGUUGUGGUCGGAGCGGAACCCGCCCUGUCGUGCGUACCAGGCGGUUUGACCUCUGCUAAGGCGGGAUCCCACAGGGAGGGAGGAGGCGACGUGUCUCCAUUGCCGGAGAGACAUAUUUCCUUCCCCGCAGGAGCGCCCUGCAGGCUCUCUUCCUGCCCCUGUGCCCAGCCAUCCUAGCAGUUCCCCUUUUGCUAGCGAAUGCGGGCAGCUUUGGUUUCUUUGUUUACCUUCCCUUCUAUUCAUUGCCCUUCCUCUCUUGGAAAAAGAAGAAACAAAAGCCGCCCGUGUUCACACACGUCCUCAGUUUCAACACCACAUCAGGCCUGGAGGCAAUAGAACGUGAGAAGCGCCGUACUGGAUGCAACCAAAGGCCUAUGUAGUCGUUCUGUUUCCCCCUGGGGCCAACCAGAUGCCCCAAUGGGAAAACCACAAGCAAGGCAUGGCACCCUCCAGCUUGAGUUCCCCAGUACACUGCCUCUGAUCCUGGAGGCAGCAUACAGCCACUGAAAACUUCAUCCCCCCUGAAAUUACCUAAUCUCCUUUUAAUAGGAAACUGCAGUCCCCCAAAGUAGGGACAGAGGAAGCCGCUUUAUUGUUGACGUCCCUAGAAAUUAUGGGAUGGGAAGGAGGAGGAUGGGACAGAACAGGAAUGUUGCCAAGGUGGGAAGGAGAAUUUCGUAGAAUUGUAGAGUUGGAAGGGGCCACAAGGAUCACCUAGUCCAACCCUCUGCAAUGUGCAGAAAAACCAAUUCAACCAACCAUGAGAGGUGGCUGCCCUGCCUCUUCUGAAAAACCUCCAGAGAUGGAGAACCCACAGCCUCUGCAGGUAGACUGCUCCACUGUUGUUUAGAUCUUACUGUCAGGAAAUUUCUCCUUGGCUGAAGUCUGGAGAUUGGAUGUUAAGAUUGCAAUGUGUAGCUGGUUGAUUUAUUGGUUGGUUGGUUUUUAACCAACUAGUAAACCACCCACCCACCCCAUUAAUCGAAGCGGCCAUUAAGAAAAGUAAAUGGUUAAUUAUUUUCAUACAAGAAUGUAUAAAAACAUGACGUGAGGACCCUUGGUCUCUCCAGCCCAGUGUGGUCGACACUGACUGGCAGUACUGUUAUCCACUCGCUAUCACUUAACUCCCCCUGCCACCUGUUCAAGUUGUAAAUUCUGCUAUCCGUGUACAUCUAAGGCGUUGGACUGGGAGUUGGGAGAUCCGGGUUCUAGUCCCCACUUGGCCAUGGAAACCCACCGGGUGACUUUGGGCCAGUCACAGACUCUCAGCCCAGCCUACCUCACAGGGUUGUUGUUGUGAGGAGAACAUGGAGAGGAGGAGGAGAAUUAUGUACGCUGCCUUGGGUUCCUUGGAGGAAAAAAGGUGGGAUAUAAAUGUAAUAAAUAAAUAAAUACGGGGACCCAGAGAUAACUUUUCUCCAUCUGAGAAGUGGGUAGGAACCGUUCCAGGUGUGCACUUGGACCGGCAGGUCGGUGAAGUCGCCUGGGUCUCAAAGCUUUGACUGUUGGGCGGUACAGAAAUGUCAUAAAACAAACCCCACCAUUUAGGCUGCAAACGUAGGAGAUCUCAGCUCACCUGCUGGACAGGCAAAGAGUGAAAGGAAGCAAUCCAUGAAGUUCAUCUCAUCUCAUUUAUUACAUUUCUAUACCGCCCCAAUACAAAUGGUAAAAUCUCUGGGCAGUUUACAAAGAUUAAUGAUGCAUAAUAUAUAUAUAAAAACAACCACUCAUGGACAUAGAAACGUACGCACACAUAUAGCUAACCAAUUUUUAAACAAUGAGGAAAAUCCGGGGCCUGAUUAAAACUGCACUGUACGCUGUUCGGUGUUCGUUUGCUCAAUGGCUGCUAAUAUACUGCUGAAAUUCUGCUUAAUUUAAAAGUUCCCCUGUUCCCGUUUCUUCUCCAAUUGACAUGUUACAAGAGGUGAGAAGGCCUGGCAGGCCAGUAAAACAGUCACCCUUGCUGCUAGUGUGUUGGAUCCAGAGCGAUGCCGAUUCAAGUGGACGCCGCCGCCCCACUUCCCAUUUAGCUCCACCAGCACCCUGAUAAAUGGGCUGAACUGCGGUUUGUGGGGGAAGAGGAUCCCCCAAAAUCGGGCAGAGGGACCUUCCGUAACCGGAGCCCUUUCUCCUGAGGAAGGCAGACCCUGGGCCAACCCUGUGAGUGCAGAAAAGGAAGGAAGUUAAUGUUGAUGCCUUCUGAUUCUAUUUCACUUUAUUAUUAUUUUUAUUAUUUUUUUAUGAUCAUGCUUUUAAACUUUAUUUUUGAAUUAUUAUUCUCCUGAUAUGAAGGCACUUGCUGAAGGCGGCAUCCUUGUUGAAGCUAAGGAGGUUUGCUUCUGGCCAGCGUCUCGAUGGCGCACCAUCUGGAAAAACCCAGGGUGACUCCCAUCCUGGAAUCAAGGCGGAAUAGAAAUGUAAAAAUGAAAUACUAGGCGUUCGUAGGCUCUCUCAUGGCCAGCUUCUGGUUCUCAGAGUGGCCAAGGUGGUGAUUUGACACAGUGGGAUAAGAUAGAGAAAUUCCUCUUUUGGAAGGGACCAGCUUGCUACACUACCAAUUCAGUUUUGAUUCCAAAUAAUUACUCUUUCCAGAGAGUUUGGCUGCGUUUGCACGUAACGCUAAGCCAUAGUUUGUGUUAACCAUAGUUUACUACCUUAGCCACGGUUUGUGUUGCAGACAAGCAAACAAGGCAAACUUGUUUUCCGAUUUGUUUCUCCCUGCCUGUUCUGCCAGUCUUCAUAACGGUUUUGUUUUCAGGCUGCUUCCUCCAUUUCAGGGCAGGUGGUAGCAGAAACAAGCCAGGGAAAAGCCAUGGUUUGGGGUUGACCAGCCUGGUUUAGCGUGUCGUCUGACCAGGAUCAGUGUAACAAGCCAUGGUUUAAGCAAGCUGGACUUUGUAUGCAAAAAAGAAACGGCUAUUUCUAUUUGUGUUUUGUAGCUGGUUAACAAACCAUGGUUUGUUCGUGGGGGGGGGGUUCAGACACGACGACAAGCUGGGUUUCAACAAAUCACACCCACGGCCCAGCGUUGUGUGCAAACCAAGCCCUUAACUUUAUUUUUUUUGUUACAGAAAUAACUCCAAAGCAGGUUAUAGAGGUUGAAAUUGAUCGGAACUGUGUAUUUCCUAAUAACUUGCUUCCCCUGGCUAUCUGUUAAAGCGGGGCAGGGUGACGUACUCAGAUCAUAUCAGAAUGGAGAACUGUUGAUCCUUUGCAGUCUUAACUGAAUUUCCCAUCGUCUCUGUUCUGAACCGCUCUUCUUGGUCCUGGUGUUUGUGAUGAGUUUAUUUUUUUUAAUUUGGACAAUUACUAACUAUUCCGUUUGCUGUCAUACGUUCUCAAUAAACGAGGAAGCUAAUUUUGCUCUGCCUGAUCAUGAUUG